AUGAAGGCACGACUGGUUGCCAACGCAGCCAUCGUCAACUAUCCAAACUUAGAAUCUGGCCUCGUUAAGUUGCAGCGGGGAGAGGCGUUGACGGCUGCUGAAAAGGUGGCGUGCUCUCAAUUUAGACUGCGUGAUGCAGACAAAUCAGUAGAGGCUGUGGAAGAGCAACAUGACUUGAUUGUGAAAGAGGCAUUCAAGCGGCGCAAGGUGGCCAAGCUUGCGGCGUACGAGGAUGUUGCUUUCAUCCCACCAACCUCCAACGAGUGCGAGCGCUUUUUCUCGUCCGUGAAACUCGUCUACACAGACCUGAGGAAAAGGAUGGAGCCGGAAAAGCUCGAAAAGGUAAUGUGCUUGCUUUAUAACAAGGAGCUUUGGGACGUCCAGGUAGUUGAUGAUGUGCGCCGCAGUAAUGCUAAUUAA